UCAAAGAAUACUUUCAACAUCUGUUUACAGUGCUAUUAUUAUGAAACAUCAAUCGCAAUAACGAACGAACAUGGCAAGUAGGGCGAUCGGUCGGGCGACUGUGAGAGCAGUUACCUCAAAAAGAUUAACUCCACAAAAGGCUCCUCUUGUUUUGAAAGGUGUGUCUAUUGGAGUAAAAACAAGAGGAUGCAAUGGGUUGACGUACACACUCGACUAUUCUGAUAAAAAAGGGAAGUUUGAUGAGGAAGUUGUUCAGGAUGGUGUGCGGGUGUACAUUGAUGCUAAAGCACAACUGACUUUGCUUGGUACAGAAAUGGAUUACCAGGAAGAUAAACUUACAGCGGAAUUCAUCUUUAACAACCCAAACAUCAAAGGCACUUGUGGCUGCGGUGAAAGUUUUAAUGUAUAACAUUAAGCCACUUUGUAGCUGUACAGGUUGUAUGUUGUUUGUUUGUUUUUUUGUUUAUCAAAAAAGGUCUGUAAAUAUAUUUUCGGCCCCAGUAAUCAGAGUACAAUAGCAAUUUGGUUAACGGGAUUGAUAUCCGGCUUUCAUCUUUGUACUGAUGAAUACCCUCCACAUGUACAUAUUUUAUGCAAUUUAGAAAGCAGUCUUUCUUGGUUUUAAACUUUUGCUCCGGUACAUAAUAUAUGAUGUACCAGAUUGCUGUGUUAUGAAAUAGGAUUUUGAUUAUUAGAUAGAUCAAUUAUGUAGGCUGUGCAUUUUGAAAAAAGGAGCAACAUGCUCUUAUACUGUGUUUUCAUAAAGUGAUGUGGAUUUAGCCAUACAGCGUCCAGGUUUGAGCUACGAUUUAGAGGCUCAUUGAGAGGUAUACAUCUGUCCUUGGUGAAAAAGCCAACAUAAUGAUGCAUUUCAGGUGAGGACGCCAUUACUACAUUACUAAAAAUUUGACCUGCCCCAGAGACGCAUCACUGUCGGUCCUGCUCUACUUGUUUUGUUUUGGGUUUUCUUCGCUGCUAAAAGAUUGUAUGUUUGGGUCUUCAAAACUUGUUCUGAACUAUUUUGCCAAAUGUGUAUAUUUGUCACAUGUGAAAUUGUUGCACUUGUUGAAAAGUUUUGACCAUGUUUAACUCUGAUAGAGUCUUGUAAGUUCUCAUAUGUGAUAUUUUGAGAGUGUGUGUGUGUGUGUGUGUCCUGUAAAAGAUAAGGAAAGAUAAGAAAAACAGGGAGAGGUCACGUUUUCCUGCCAAGUCAGGGUUUAAAACGCCAAAUUUGAUUUUAUUUCCUAAUAAUAUAUACUCACUUGCGUAUCCGUGGAUGCAGCAUGAUAUAUCAUACAUAUAUAUAGAUAUAUAUAUAUAUAGAUGUAUGCAUUAUUAUGUAUGAAGUGAAAUACCAUAAUAAAUUUGGUUGCAAGUAUUUGGAUCUUUCUCAGCUGAAGCUAAAGUAAUUGCAGGCUGAAUUUAAUCCUGGAAAAUAAAAUAUAUCCUGCUGGGUAAAGAGCUGGUCAAAUCCUUAUAUUCCUUAAUAGUUUGGGGGGUUUAUUGUUUGUUUUUUAUUUUAAAAUUUUGCAAACUUCUGAUCUUAUCUACACUUAAUCUGUUUUUACUCUUUUGGGUGGACACCCCCCACCCCCCUUUCAAAUAAAAUCAACACUGGACCUGGGUCUACGGCAUAAUCGUGCAUUUAGUGCAAGAAACAGAGAGUGCUGCCCGAUUGUCCAUGGGUAUCUUACUAGCGGUACCAAGGCUACGGCUAGGAUUGUCCUUUUUUUUCUAUUUUCAUGUCAUUGAGUGCAUAGCAGCACUUAGCCUUGGAGGUAUGCAACAUUAGUGUUAGCUCAGUCAGUAUCAUGAUCAUGCUGGACUACUGAGCAAAUGGCCCUGGUUCGAAUCCCAGACUGAGUAUCCUUGAAAUAUGUCGUUUUGUGGAGUUUUCAAAGCUUUGAACCCAUGUGGUUCAGUUCUACCAGAGACGAACAUUAAAUUCGGAGGGCCCACUUUUUAAAUAACCUAAUAGUACUAUGUGUUGAAAGGAUCAUUCAUUAAAUCCAUACACUUCCUUUUUUUUUUAAGGCUGUGGAUGUAAUAGUGGUAAGUCUACAUUAUGUAUGUUGAGAUAUGCAGGAAUUGUUGACUGUGAGUACUUCAGAAUAAAAGACUGUUCAAUAUGUGUCAAUGUAGUCAACUUUUUUGUGCCAUGUAAUUGGGGGGGGGGGGGGCUUAAUUAAUGCAGAUGUAAUGAUAGUAGAUAUGAAAUCAGUUGAAGCAGAAACUUUACAUUAGUUCCUUUUCUGCCAUCGGUUUUUACUUAUAUUCUGAGUUAUCAUUCUGGGUGGAAGAGAAGCUUCUGCACCCACAACUGUUCAUUUCGAAAUGUCACCUUUUUAAAAUCUAAGUUAAAAUUGAGCCAUUUAGAAGGUACAUCGUGUAUAGAAUUCGUCGCCCAAUCCUCCAAGUCAAAAAUACAAUUCAUAAUUCAACAAACGGGUAUGGGUGUCCCAAUUUGGUUUGAUACUUAAGACAUGAAUUACAUACUUGCUAUGAAUAGAAGUACGAGGGGAAAAAAUCUUCUUUUAUGCUUGCUUUUAAAGUCUUUAUCUUAUUAUUCAGUAAGAUAAUUUCUUCAAAGUUCAUUUUUGUAUGUAUUUACUUCUGUACGGUACAUAUUGAGGGAAUGAAACACUUUUUUUGACUGACAUAUUCAGAAAUGGUAAGCGGGUGGUUGGCGGAUGCUCUGGUGUGGUUUGCUCCAUUUUUCAUAUCAAGUAUUUUUGUCUUUAUCUAUCCUCCUCUUUUUUAUGAAAUACAUAAAAAUACUCUCUUGUAACACCUUUAACUCUUAUCUUCAACACUUAUAAUUCACCUAAAUUUGUUGCAAGGAGAGUUAAUGUAAAACUCUUACUAAUACAAAGCGCA